AUAAUAUAUCAAUUGUUCCGGCAUUUUUCUGGUGACAAAUCUAACUGUAAAUAAGAAAUAUUUAGUGCCUUAGGUUAUAAAUACAGCAGCUGGCAAAAUUGAAGUGCUUAAAUGUUUUCGUCAGUCUGGAAAAGUGUGGCCACCAGCAUUGAAACCCAAUUGACUUCCUACUACUUUCGAGGUUCGUCCAAAUUAGCAGCGCGCGGCGUUGCAUUCACUGCGUCUGUUGCUGGUGCUGGUGCUGGAUCAUUAAAACGGUUUCUGGUUGUCCCGUUCUGUCGCGUCAAUUUGCAAAAGGUGAGGACCGUCGGCUUUAGGGGAAUGCAUAGCUCACUGGAGGACGUUAAGCUGGAUAGCAUGCAGGUGAAAAUCCUGCCUGCUCUCCAGGACAACUACAUGUAUCUGAUUGUGGACAGCAAGACGCGCGAGGCAGCUGUGGUGGAUCCCGUAGAUCCCGAGCUGGUCAUCAAGACCGUGCAGGAGGAGAAUGUCAAAUUGAAUAAGGUGCUAACGACUCACCAUCACUGGGAUCAUGCAGGCGGCAAUGAGAAGCUCGUUAAGCUGUGGACAGGUGAACUACAGGUGUACGGCGGCGACGACAGAAUCGGUGCAAUGAAUCGCAAAGUUCGCCAAAACGACACCUUUACCAUCGGCAAUCUCAAUGUGCGCUGCUUGUCGACUCCUUGCCACACCAGCGGACAUAUAUGCUAUCAUGUAACUGCUUCAAAUAGCCAUGACCCUGGCGCCGUUUUUACCGGCGACACCCUCUUCCAAGGUGGCUGUGGUCGUUUCUUUGAGGGCACUCCGGAGGAAAUGUACGAUGCCCUGUGCGCCAAGCUAUCCGCCUUGCCGGAUGACACAAAGGUCUUCUGUGGCCAUGAGUAUACGCUGCAGAACAUGAGCUUUGCACGCCAUGUUGAGCCGGACAAUAAGUGUAUCCAGACCCGCAUUGAAUGGGCCAAGUUGCGUCGCGCCUCGAAAGAUCCCACAGUGCCUUCGACAAUCGGCGAGGAAAAGUCGUGGAAUCCCUUCAUGCGCGUACAUGAGGCUACCGUGCAGCAGCAUGCCGGUGGCCAGACGAAUCCCGUUAUAACCAUGGAGAUGUUACGUAAGGAGAAGGAUAACUUUAAGGCUUAAAAUAUAUAUGAAAUAAAUUUGAAAUCAAUUCGGUAAAGGGAGCCGACCGCACAGUUA